GGCCUCAAAUCGGCAAGGCGAACAUUGAUUAGAUCCCCAAACACGGAGCAAUGUUAUCGCCACAACUUCUGAUUCUUAGUUUAAUCUCUGGGUUACAGCUGCUUUCCUUGGCAGAUGGUGAUCCCAUGAUAGAGGUCUUCAGAUGGAAGCAGAUGGACUUUUACAAUCGGGGAGAUGGCCCUUUGAGCUUGGGCGGAAGAAAAGACAGACCCAGCUUUUCAGCUCCGGUUGUCUUUCCUGGCAAGUACUCUCGUCGGAAGCGUCAGGUUAUGACCUCACGCGAUACACCAGUUGUCAUCAACUCCCGCACCAACGUUGACGACCCCAACGACUCCUACAUUCCGUACAACAACGUGCCCAUGGGAGCCACUCACUUCCGUGGACGCCUUUUUGUCACGAUGCCUCGGCGACGGGUGGGCAUCCCGUCCACCUUGAAUUACAUCGAUCUGGCCGAGGACGGAUCGGUCCAGAGCCCCAAGCUGCGGGCCUAUCCCAACUUUGCGCUUAAUCAAUUCAACGCGAGUGCGGAGAACUUGGUGUCCGUCUAUAGAACCUCCGUGGAUGCCUGCCAGCGUCUCUGGUUCAUCGACACGGGAAUGCUGGAGUACCCAAAUAACCGCCAACAGAUCCGACGUCCCAGCAUUUGGGUAGUCGACUUGGCCACGGAUCAAGUGCUGAAACGCUUUGAUAUUCCGGAAAGUAUUGCUGAAACGGGUCGUGGAUUGGCCAGCAUCACCGUCGAUGUGAAGGCGGGUCAAUGUGGCGAUGCUUACGCCUAUAUUCCGGAUCUGGUGUACCGGCGCCUGUACGUCUAUCACCUCCGAAACGAUAGAAUCUGGUCCUUCGAGCACAACUACUUUAACUUCGACCCGCUUUCCGGGGACCUCAGCAUUGGCGGACAGACCUUCCGCUGGGACGAUGGCAUCUUCUCAAUUACUUUGGGAGCCCAGCGGCCAGAUGAAAGUCGAGAUGUCUACUUCCAUCCCAUGGCCACUACGAAUGAGUUUGUGGUUUCCAACCGGGUUCUGCAGCAGGAGUCCAACGCCGCACGCUCCGAUCAUGGAAACGAUUUCCGGGUACUCGGAAACCGUGGUCCAUCCACACAGUCCACGAUGCACGCAUACGAUCCUGGGACUGGGGUGGUCUUCUUCGAUGAGAUCCAGCGAAACGGAGUGGGCUGCUGGAAAACCAGCAAGCCAAUCUCGGCGGAAAGCUAUGGCUCUGUGGAUUCCAAUGCCAUGGACAUGAUUUAUCCCAGCGACUUGUCGAUUGACGAGGACGGCACCAUUUGGGUCAUGUCCAACUCCAUGCCCAUCUUCAUUUACUCCACACUGGACACGAAUGUAUACAAUUUCCGGAUCUGGAAGCAAAAGGCAUCGCUGGCCAGGAGGGGCACAGUUUGUGAGUGAUUCGUGUGGAAAUCUUAAUGAAUGUUAAACUAAUCUGUUAAUUAAUAAUACAUAAGUAAGAAUCACGAAAUUUCCCUUUGUGA